GUUGCCAAUCAAUCUAUGUCAAGCCCACCACCCCGUCAAUCCUUGGCAGGUGUCCAGCUUCAUGCACCAGCUCCAAACCCUAGGACUCCUUCAGACUGUACUCCUUGUGAGCCAACACAAGGGGAAGGGGAAGCACCAGGUGCAAGCACCACGCUGAUACAAGAAUCGCAGGUUGCUCAUCAGGACCUUGAUGGUCCUUCGUCAUAUGAGACUGAAGAGAACAUGGUUUCAAAUACCUGUGAAAGGAUGUCUGACCAAAAGCCAUGGAUAAUUGGAAAGAAAGGAGGACGUAUUCUAAUACCACAGCGUGAAAAGCAUUCGGGUGGAAUCGAGUCAAUUUCUCACAAAUCCAGGGUUUCCAUUUCUCAUCCAGAAGAUCUUUUGAGCAGAGAUGGGAGAGAGGCAAGUGCUCUGGAAAGAAGAUAUUUCUAUGGAUCACAGGCUUCUGAUACUAAUCACCUGACGAUAGAUGGUUUGGGUGCAAGUGUUCUUGAAAGACAGUUUCAAAGCAAACAUGUACCUGAUGCAAAUCCAAGAUCUCCAGGCAUUGACAUGGUGCAAGCAAGUGACAGAGAGUGUUUGGAUGACAGACCUUCUGCUAAGGGUUUGACUAUGAUUCAUGAAUCGGGAGUUGCUGUUCACUGUCAAGAAGAUCUUGUUUCCCAAGAGGACACAGGGACAAAUGCAUUGGAAGGAACAUCUUGUCAAAGGUCACAGAACCAUUGUGCAGCAGCAAUGGCAUCAGUGAAUGAAGAAGAACAACUCUCGCAGUGCAAGAUAUGCCUCAAAUCUUUCAUGCAUUUAAAAUCACACAUGAAGGUCCACACUUCAGAGCGGCCCUUCAAAUGCAGUGUCUGCGACAAGGGCUUUAUUGAAAGACGCCACCUUGAAAACCACAUGCGUAGCCAUACGGGUGAGAAGCCAUUUGAAUGCUCCGUCUGCCAGAAAGCGUUCAGCCGCGCGACCCACCUGACUUAUCACCUACGCACCCACACCGGGAUCAGGCCCUUUUCUUGCGAGACCUGCGGGAGGAGCUUUGGUCGUAAAGGAGACAUGACAGUUCACAUGCGAAUUCAUACAGGUGAACGUCCAUUCGCCUGCAAGCUGUGCGACAAGACCUGCAGUACGCAGAGCAACCUGACCCUUCACAUGCGUGGCCAUACUGGGGAGCGACCUUAUAGCUGCACUGCAUGUCCAAAGACGUUUAAAUCGAAGAGCGACCUCAUCAAGCACGUCCGCAUGCAUACAGGCGAGAAGCCGUACCAGUGCAGCGUAUGCCACAAGGAGUUCCGCGCAAGCUCGGAUCUGACCCGGCACAUGAGAGCCCACACCAACGAGAAACCGUACAAAUGUGAUGUAUGUCUGAAAGAAUUCAGCUCAGACUGUUAUCUUCCUAAACAUGUCUGUGCACCAAAGACUACCAAUAUGACUGAUACUGAUUAGCAAGGACUUUCAUCAUUGUUGAGAGCCAGAAGAAUGCAAAAACUCUUUACUUUAAAACAGAGUUCAUGCGCUCUUGGUUCUCAACAGGCAAUAUCUUGAUUAGGGGCGAAACAAAAUUCAUCUAGAAUUCUACAUGUACAUGUAUGUUUGUAGAAGCUCUUGCUUGGUGUGUUGUAUUGAAAUUAGUUUCUCUUUUGCCAAUUUGUUGUAUUCUAUUUGUUUGUAAUUUGUUUGGUUCUUUAUAUACCAGAGCUCCUCUUUGGAAUUACCAGAGCCAUUGAUCCUACAUAUUUAUCCCACCGCUGCCACGAUGAUGAGUUUGAGAUUGGAAUGCUCUUCCACUGAAUAUUCAUAACAUCCAAAACUAUGAAGUGUUGAAUAUUCAUUAACAUCCAAAACCUUUAGUCUUGGAUAUUCAUAAACAUAAAAAAUUGUUGAAACAUUGAAGGUUUUUCUGCUGAAUACUUUUAUACAAAAUCCAAUAUCAUUCAAUCAUUGCUGUUGAAUAUUCAUAAUAUCCAAAUCCAUGAAAUCAUUAUACUUGAAUAUUCAUAAUAUCCAAAACCAUGAAAUCAUUAGACUUGAAUAUUCAUAUAUAUCCAGAACAUUGGAUAAUUAUUGUCUUCAAUAUUCAUAAACCUCUUAACUCACUAAAAUCAUUUAAAGUUCUUGCAUUAUAAAUAAAUAACACCAUCCGAAAACAUUUAUAAUCAGGAUGAUAGAGAGUCGGCAAUCUGGUUUGUUAUGGUAAACAUGUUGUUUAUUCAACUACGACGAAUACUGGAUAUUCGGAUAUCGCAUAUCGUAACAUUUAUUUACUUUCCUGAUUUCAAGGAAAUGAUUGGGGCUAAUUGGCACCGACCGUACUUAAAGGGAUCCGGUAACUACAGUAUGU